GAAGGUCAUUGAAAUCUAAUGAAAACAGACGUGUAAAUCAUCGUGUUUCUUGCUGAAAUACUGUAAGUUACACCACACUGGUUUUUCUUUACUUGAAAAACAUAGUGACAGCUGUCCAAUUGUAACCGAAGAGACUAGUUGUUCAUUGUGUACUUACAACAGACCGAGGAUCAGGUAAAUCAGAAUAAAACUUGUCUGCUAUUAAAGACAUAUAAUGCCUACUGAUGAGAUGGGUACACUGGAUGGAUCAGUAAGAGUUGUCUCCCCUCUACGACAGACAGUGGACGCUAGCAUUGACUUUGUUGGAGGUGUCAAUGGUGGAAUAGCCAAUGUGGUAGUAGGUCAGUCCCUGGACACAGUCAAGGUGAAGAUGCAGACAUUCCCUAGCCUGUAUAAAAAUGCAUUGGAUUGUUUCAUGAAAACUUACAGACAGGACGGUAUAAGAGGACUAUACGCUGGCACAUUGCCAGCCAUGACAGCCAACAUAGCUGAGAACUCGGUCCUCUUCAUGUUCUAUGGUCUCUGUCAAAAGGUGGUGAUGAACAUUUGUGGGAAACAAAGUGUGGCCGACUUACAUCCAGUGGAGAAUGCUAUAUCGGGGAGUGGAGCGGCUUUCUUCUGUUCCUUCACACUCUGUCCGACAGAGCUCAUCAAGUGCCGUCUACAGGCCAUGAGAGAAAUGGCGACACAGGGAAAAUUGGAGGGAGGCAUGGACAAACUGAAAAUAGGACCCUGGGGGCUAACGAAAGACAUCCUGCGCCAAGAAGGAAUCCAGGGCAUGUUCAAGGGCCUCACCAGUACCAUGGCCAGGGAGGUGCCCGGCUACUUCUUCUUCUUUGGAGGCUAUGAAAUCUCACGACACUACCUCACACCUCCUGGCAAAACAAAAGAUGAGAUUGGUGUGUGGCGGACAGUGGUGUCUGGAGGUAUAGGAGGUGUUUGUCUGUGGGUUACCAUCUUCCCUACAGACGUGGUUAAGUCAAGAAUCCAAGUAGAGAGCACAGUGGGCACCAAGGCCCCCGCCUUUUUUAAAACUCUCACACACAUAGGAAGGACAGAAGGUAUCAGAGCUUUAUAUAAUGGACUAGGACCUACUGUGGUAAGGACAUUCCCCUCUACUGGUGCCCUGUUUCUUACCUACGAGACGACAAAGAGAGUUCUCACAGAUUUUGCUGACAGAAAUAUAUGAAAGAUCUGUUGAAUUUGUUUUUCACAUGAUUUUUGAAGAUUUUGAACUUUUGCCAUGUACUUUCAAACAGGAUUUUGCUUGCACCAUGCUUCAUUCAGGCAUCAAAGUAUUUCGAUCUUUUUUUAAUAGUAUAAAGAAAAGCUGGUAAAAGUUCAGCUUGUUAAAGAAUAGCUUGUUAAAGUAAAGUACAUUGUAUCUGGACCAUGUAAAGCUCACUAAAGUACAGCUGGUCAAAAUGUCCGGUUAUAGUAUUAUUGGUAAAGUGUAGCUGGUUAAAGUAACUAGUUACAGGAUAGUUUGUUAACACAAAACUGGUAAAGUUGACCUAGUUGCAAUAUCUUAUAAAAGCAAUACUCGGAACGAAAUAACAGCUUGUUAAAGUAUAGCUGGUUAAAAUAUCUGGUAAAAGUAUAACUGGUUAAAGUAUAGUUUGUUGAAGUAUAUUAAAGUAUAACUGAUAAAGUAUAGCUGGUAAAGUAUAACUGGUAAAGUAUAGCUGGUUAAAAUAUAGUUUGUUGAAGUAUAUUAAAGUAUAACUGAUAAAGUAUAGCUGGUAAAGUAUAACUGGUAAAGUAUAGCUGGUUAAUAUAUAGUUUGUUGAAGUAUAUUAAAGUAUAGCUGGUAAAGUAUAGCUGAGCUGGUAAAUAUAGCUGAACUGGUAAAGUAUAGCUGGUUAAAAUAUCUGGUAAAGUAUAGCUGGUUAAAAUAUCUGGUAAAGUAUUUUUGUUGAAGUAUAUUAAAGUAUGACUGGUUAAAGUAUAACUAGUUCAAGUAACUAGUUACAGUUGUUAGUAUAUAGAUGGUUAUGUUAACCUAGUUGUAAUAUUGGUUAAACUAUAACUGAUUUAGUGAAGCUGGCUGAAUAUAAUUGGUAAAAAAAGCUGGUUAAAGUAAAUCUGGUAAAGUAUAGCUGGUUAUUUUUGCUAAUGGUAAAUUCAUGAAUACAACAUGAUUGAGAUCGUUUAUAAUAAAAUACUACUCCGAAGCUAGUUUUAAACAACACUGUAUUCACUGGUAAUUUUUCACAUUAACACGAAAAAUGAAACUGCUUUAAAACGAAACAGUAAACAGUAAAAGUCUUUCAAAAUGAAAACCCUUUAAAUGUUGAUUAAUGAUGUACAAAAUGGGCUUUUCCAUGAUUAAUUUAACGGAAGAGUUGAUGGCAUUUUAUUCAAAAAUGCAUGGUUGAUGGAGUGAUUUAAAUAAAGACACUAAUUACAGUUUUUUAGAUCACUACUGACACUUGAUAUACAGCCCCCACUCUCUUUAAUACAAUUAGUUCUGGAUCAGCUCAUGGUCUCUAAACUCAUAUUUGUGCCAAAUGUUUUUAUAUAUGAGAUUAGAAAUAUGAACUUGUCCUUUUGUUCAUGUGUCCAAAUUAAAUAGAGAUAUGGUUUGAAGGUUUGAUAUUAUAGAAACUUGGUAUACAGUGUAUAUCAGAUAUGUUAAAUUUGUGUUUGUCACAUUCCUUCAGUGAUAACUUGAUGUGGCUGUGAUUGCUGUCUAUCAUGUAGUAUUGAACAAUUUUUCACACUGUAUAUAGAGCGAGGAUAUUGACCUGUCGCCCAUGUGUCGGUGUGUCAACAUUUUCAUGAAUGAAAAUAUUCUGCAUAUUAACAUUUUCCCUUUUUGUUUUUUCACAUUUUUGUGACAUCAGGAUGUUUUUAAUGUUUGCUUGGUAUGCCAGGUCUGAUUCUGGUGCAUCUAAUUGUGCUUGGAGACAUUUAAGAAGCAUGAUCUGGCUUUGAAGUAUUAUAUAUAUGCAUACUACAGGAAACAUAAUACAUACUCUUAUUUUUUACCACUCAACAUACUCUUAUAAAGACAGUAACUUUUAAUCUGAAAGAUAUAUUUCACCUAGUGACAAUACAUGUAUGACUUUUAUAAAGUUGAUACAGCCUAAACCUCACUGCUACAAAAUGUGAUAAAUAGAGAAUAUUGAAUGGUUGCUCACCAUAUCCCAGAGACAUCACAGGGACAUUGUUCACACCAGUACUUUGAUAGACUCAUUUCAUACCUGGCUUACUUUACACAGGUAGAACCUGUGUGAAAUAUUCACAGUUGUGUUACAUUUGAUUUAUAGAAAAAAAACGACAUGCCUUGUGGGGCUAGAAAAAAACGCCAAAAUCACAUUUUCAGCAAUCUUCAUUACUCAAAAGAUACAUUUUGGGUUAACCUUACAAUAAACCUAUUUCUGCCCACAACGUGCAAACAUGUUUUUGCUGAUAAAUACAAUAUCUCGCAGGCAUUUUAACAUGCAAAUGAGGCAAUGUACUAACUUGAGAUUACAUUAACAAAAAACAAAAAUGAUAUGAGCUAAGCAAAACAAUGUUCAUGUGAGCAAAAUUAUGAAAUUUGAAAUAAGUGCCAAAUAAAAGAUCGAAUACGGGUGAUUGAGAACACAGGUUCCCAUAUGAUUAUUGUGUCCCAAGGAAUAAUAAAAAUACGAUUCUCAUAAGCCAACACGACAGUAAGCUAUAUUGCAUUACCAAUUAAUAACAUUAAUUUAAGUGUUAAAUCAAUACUCUUAACUGCACGUAUCUGGGCAGCAAAGCAGGCUACUUUUCAUUAUAUCAUUCAUUAAUGGUCAACUAUGUUCAUUAGAUAGGA